ACUUCUGCUGCGCUCAUUAAUAUAUAGUAUUCGGCUAUUUCUUUUUUUUUUGGGGGGGGGGGAGUUGUGAGUUAUUAUUGUUCGAUCGACUUUUGGGCUACAAACCGUCGUCGUAUUUUCCGGCCCAAACCCUCAAUUCUUUCCCCUCCCUCUCCCCUUCGGUUACCGUUUCAGAACAAAAUGAGUGACCAGAUCAAGUUCAUUGUUGAGCAACUCAAUAAGGAACCCUUUAAGAAGAGUUUCAACCUCAUCACCUUUGACUCUUUGGAGCCACUACAGUUGCUGCAAGUGCUCAAUGAGGUCCUGGCCGAGAUUGACCCAAAGCACAAUAUAGACAUCCGUGAGGAGGCACCAGAUCAGACGGCAAAAAGAAUGUUUAGCCUCCUUGGAAUCCUGAAGUACAAACCGCCCGGGAAUGCAUCGGACAUGAGUGUGUUUCGACAGGGCCUGGUCACGGGAAGUAAACCAGUAAUCCACCCUAUUCUCCACUGGCUGCUGCAGCGGACUGUUGAGCUGAAGAAGAGAGCAUACCUGGCCCGCUUCCUGGUCAAGCUUGAGGUCCCCACUGAGUUUCUGCAGGAUGAUGUGGUAGCAGAUACUUAUCAACAGUACGAAGAGCUGGUUGAAGGGUUCAAAAACCUACACAAGGAGUGUGAGCAGCUGAAGAACUCUGGGUUUUCCACAGCUGAAAUCAGACGGGACAUCAAUGCAAUGGAGGAAGAGAAGGAUCAGCUCAUUAAGCGGGUGGAGCGUCUGAAGAAAAGGGUCGACACGGUAUCAAAUCACCAGCGAAUGCUGGAGAUGGCAAGACAGCUCCGUGUGGAGAAGGAGAGAGAAGAAUCUUUAGCACAGCAAAAGCAGGAGCAGAAGAAUCAGUUAUUCCAUGCGGAGCAAAGGCUACAGAGAGCUCAGCAGCAGCUGAAGGACCUUCGGCAGGCUUCAGCAGACGCCAAACCUGAGAGUUUGGUGAAGAGACUGGAAGAGGAGAUCAAGUUCAACACCUACAUGGUGACGGACAAACUUCCUAAGGAGCUGGAGAGUAAGAAGAAAAAUGUACAGUACUUACAGAAAGUGGUGGCGGAGCCCGCGAUGGGACAUUCUGACCUGAACGAACUUGAAACCAAGAUCCAGGAGAUCAAUGCUCAGAUUAACCAGUUGAUUGAGAAAAGAAUGAUGAGGACAGAUCCCAUGGACGACAAGCUUUUCUUGUUUCGCCAGCAGGCCUCCAUCAUUUCCCGUAAGAAAGAAGCCAAAGCGGAGGAGCUGCAGGAAUCGAGAGAGGAGCUGUUAAACAUGGAGAAAGAGUUGGCACAGAAAUCGAACCAAGCCCGUGAUUUCGAUGGGACAGAGGUUCUCAAAGGUGACGAGUUUAAGCGCUAUGUCAGCAAGCUCCGUGGCAAGAGCACAGUCUACAAGAAGAAGCGGCAGGAGCUGGCAGAGCUGAGAGCUGAAUAUGGUGUCCUGCAAAGGACAGAAGAAAUCCUCAAGCAACGGCACGAAACCGUACAGCAGCAGCUGCAAGCCAUCGAAGCCAAGCACGGCAUCACUGGCUACAGUGACACGCAGGAGGAGCUGGAAAGAGUGUCAGCAAUGAAGAGCGAGCUCGAUGAAGUGAAGGGGAGAACGCUGGACGAGAUGUCUGAAAUGGUAAAGAAGCUCAACAUCCUCAUCGCUGAGAAGAAGUCUGCCCUGGCUCCCGUCAUCAAAGAGCUGCGGCCACUGCGGCAGAGAUGCCAGGAAUUGACUCAAGAGUACGAUGAAAAAAAGGCAUUCUACGACAGCUGCGCGGCAGGCCUGGAGAGCAACCGGUCAAAGCUCGAACAGGAGGUGAGGGGUUUGCGAGAGGAAUGUGCACAGGAGGAGAAUCGGUACCAUUACAUCAACUGCAUGAAAAAGAUUACAGAGAGGCAGAUCCAGCGAGCGGCCGAUGAAAUGAAGUUGUACGUCUCUGCCGAUCCUCAGGAGAGGAGGAAAGCCAUCCGAGAACAAUACAACCGCAACAUCCUGGAACAAGAAAAUCUUGGAAAGAAGCUGCGGGAGAAACAGAAAACUGUGCGUGAGGGCCAUGGACCCAACAUGAAGCAGGUGAAGAUGUGGCGUGAGUUCGAGCAGCUGAUGGAGUGUAAGAAGCAAUGUUUUCAGAAGCUGCAAAACCAGACUUCCAUUGGCCACGUGAUCCAGGAAGGAGGAGAGGACCGUCUGGUCUUGUGACCUGUGCAAUCCUGUCACCGGGGCCAUCUCGUGUCCUGCCAAUGUCUAUUAACACCAGCAUUGGUCAUCGUCGUUGAAGAGUCCAUAAGUAAAUGCUCACUGCUUUGAGGGUGCAAUUCGUUUUUCCUUCCCUUUCUCCCUCUCCCAACUCAGCCACAAUAGCUGGGCUCAUUUAUCAUUUAUGGACCAAAAGGCCACUGAUUAUUCUAAUUAUUAGAUCUCCUGUUUUUGCAGGAGGGUGUUUACACACAUCAGUGUGGAUAGAAGCUCUUCAGAGCUCAAGAUAAAUCACUUAACUUGGGGGAGUGCGGGCAUCUUUUUGGAGAUUUUUCUCAAGACUGAAUCCGUUAUUGAGUGCUGCGUGUCACUGCCAAUUAUUGUUCACAUAAAAACUCCUGAGGAAUAUAUGGGAUUCCGUAUCCAACUUUACGGAAUAUUUCUUUAUGAUGAAUGGUGAUUGGAUCCAUCCCCAACUCCAUGGUGAACUAUAAACUAGACAAGUGAAGGCUCUCAGUUGGAUAGCCCUACUGUUAACAGCAGUGCCAAUUCUGGCAUUCGUGGAUAAAGAUUACGAUAAAGUGGCAACCAAUCAAUCUUUCUUUCCUCCUCCUCCUGUCUGUCUGCACCCCCCUCUUCCUCCAGCUCCUGUCUCUCCUAUCUCUGCUCUCUGUGUGGUUUUAAGAAUGUUCUCUUGUCUCGUGUGAGCAUCGCCUACAAACAUGUGUGAUAAUUUAGUGCCUGUGUUGUACUGCUGGAAGCGAAAUGCUCCCGUUUCCCAGUUGCAGAGCGAUUUUAUAAGCUGAGUUACACUUCUCAGCUCCCAAAUAGCAUUGGCUCAAGAGAGUUCUGCCAGCCCGCAAUUGUGGGGGGAAAAAACUAUAUCAGAUAUGACUUGUUUUUUGGCCUCAAAAAUUGCUCUUCCAUAUAAUAUUUUUAUAUAUAAUUUAAAACACGGUUCUUGGAAAAUCCACAGAAAGCUUUGUAAGCUGCCAUCCUUGUGGGACAGUUUUGCAUCACUGGUGGGAAUCAACACACAAUCUCUUGGCUCACGCUGAGCAUCCGUUUGGAGCAGAGAAUUGUAGUAUAAACGCAGUAAAACAAAAGUCACCUGCAAAGUAAAGAACCAGCAGAGCAGUGGGGAUGUAACUCGUUACAACACCUGAGUUGCUCGUCUAGAUGAAGCUGUGACAAGGCUACUGUCUGUAUUCUGUCAGAUCUCUGCUCAGCAGCCCGCUCCACGGUCCCCCGCCCAGCCUGCACCGCACCACCAUCAGCGAUCGGGCCUACAGCCUCUCUGACCCAACCCUUUGAAACUCCAGCUCACAGUCCCUUCACCUUGUUCCCUCCCUUGCCUC